AUGGCGACGCCAAUCUCAGCUAACCUUCUGCUCUCGCUGAAGCCGGCAAAGUUGUUUAGCAAUCACGUGCCGAACACGCCCAUAACGUCUAUUGAUUUUGACCACACAGGCCAGUUCCUCCUCACCGCCGGCGUCGACGAAAGCAUACAUCUCUACGAUGUCGCCAAAGGAAGACAUGUCAAGCCCAUCUACUCCAAGAAAUACGGCUGCCAUCUGGCCAAACUGACCAGCAAGGAAAACACUUGUGUGUUUGCAUCCACCAAGGAAAACGAUACAAUUCGGUAUCUAUCGCUGCAUGAUAACUCUUUCAUCAGAUAUUUCAAAGGUCAUACGGCCCUGGUGACAGAUCUGGCCAUGGCCGAUCUUAAUCAUAUGUUUGUUAGUGCCGCCUACGAUUACAGUGUCCGCCUGUGGGACACGAGGAGUGCCAAUUGCCAGGCUACUCUGGUGACCGACGACAUCCCGUUCUCCAUAGCCCUUGAUCCAUCGAACACAGUCGUUGCCAUCUACAACUCUAGUUCAAAUGUCCUAUCCCUGCAUGCGGUGGCGCAUAUUACGGAACGGCCAUUCGCCACCGUGGUGUGUGACUUUGCAAAGCCGCCAAUUGCCUCUCAUCGAGAGAGAAUACCCCGACACCGGCAACUUGGCGGUCUCUCCGGACUGCCGGUUCAUCUUUGGUGGCAAUGGCGACGGUUCUGUACUGGUAUGGGACUUGAAACUUUUGUCGACUCAAGAACUGCCGGCAGUAUUGCAUCCAGUCAAAAAGAUAGAAAAUGA